UCCCCUCGAUUGAAGUCCGGCUCGCGCCUCAGCGCCUCGGUCAAGCAAGCGUCAAGCUCGCAAGAGCCAUGGGCUGCUUCGAGUUCUGCUUCAGCUUCACCUCGCCGAAGCCCAAGGCGCGGAGUGUCCGGCGGCCCGUGCUGGAUGCGCCGGACGGCAAGCAGCUGCCUUGCCUGGCAGAGGCUGAGGAGGAGGUGCGCCGAAGCCGGGGCGCGUUGGCGCGCCGCAGGGCGCAGGUGGCCUCGCAGCUCCUGCCGGCGGCGCUGCCCAUCGCCUGGGACUUGUUGAAAUCCACGGGGCCCACGAAGGCGGUGGAGAACACCAGCCGCCUGCGCAAGGCCCUGGAGGCGCUGGGCCCGGCCUUCGUGAAGCUGGGCCAGGCGGCCAGCUGCCGCGAGGACAUCUUGAGCGACGCAGUGGCCGCGGAGCUCCGGAAGCUUUGCGACCAGGUCGCGCCCUUCCCCCAAGAGGACGCACAGUGGCUGGUGACACAGCAGCUGCAGGGCCGGGCGCCCGCGCUAGGCAGCUGUGUGGCGGCCGCUUCACUGGGCCAGGUGUACCGCAUCGAGCUGAAUGGCCGGCAGUAUGCCAUGAAGGUCCAGCGCCCGAAUUUGCACCGCGCGCUGGCGAUGGACGUGGUGAUCCUGAAGGGCAUCGCCGGCUUCAUCGGCUCGGUGAUGCGGCGUGUGAUGGUGGCCUCCGUGGAUCCAGUGCAGAUCGUGGAGGAUUGGGCCAAGACCCUGUGGAACGAGCUGGACUAUCAGCUUGAGGCCAGGAGCAUGGAGACCAUGCGCUCUGCGCUCAUCGUGGAGGGCCUCAGCAUCCCCAAGGUGAACUGGGAGCUGACCUCGCUGAGGGUCCUGGCCACCGAGUGGGUGGACGGUUUGAAGCUCACGGAGCAGCCCCGGGCGGUGAGCCGGGCGCACGUGGGGAUUGGGGUGGAGGCCUUUGCCACCAUGAUCCUGCAGGUCGGUGUGGUGCAUGCCGACCCGCACCCGGGGAACUUCAUCAUCACCGGCCCCGGCGCGCUUUGCUUGCUGGACUUCGGCAUGGUGUGCUACGUGCCGGAGGGUCACCGAAAAGCCUGGGCGCAGUGCGUGGUGCAUCUCGUGCAGAAGGAUCACGAGGCAGUGCUGGACGACCUCAUUGAGAUCGGUUUUUUUCCGCCGGACUGCCCUCGGAAUGAGAUCCUUCCGGUGAUGUCCAAGAUCUGGGCGAAGCUGGUGGAGUGCGGCAGCGACAUCCACAAGCGCAAGAGCGCGGUGCAGCUGCUCUACGCCGAGAUCUUGACCCUGGUGCGGCGCUUCAAAUUCAGCCUGCCAGACUACUACGUCGCCCUGGUCCGUGCGCUGCUGACCCUUGAGGGCAUCGCGCUCACGGCGGACUGCGACUUCGACAUCUUCGAGGCCGCUUUCCCUGUGGCCUUGCGCUUCUUGUCGGAGCAGCGGGUCAGCGGAAAUCUCUGGACCUCCGCGGCGGCGAAGGUGCUGCAGAAUAGGACGCUGGCCAAGAUUUUCCUGCGGUCAGGGAGCCAGCUGAACCGCAACGCGGUCUUCGCAGGGCUCCUCAUGUGGACAGCUAUGCUGUCCUUCUACUCAGCCUCACUUUUGGCGGAGUGAGAGGUGGGUUUCAUUGCUCCAGGCUGUCCCUAGUGGUGG